AGGGUAAGGGGUUGGUAAGGGGUUAAAGGUUGAAAGUGAUAAGAGGCACAGACAGAAAGACAGACAGUGAGGCUGCACAGCGGAGAAAGUUAGUCUGCUCUGGGUUCAUCAUGGAUUUAUCACGUGGGGCUCUGAUCCUGUUCUCUCUAAUAUACUCAGUGGCUGGUCAGGCUCCUGUCAUCUCAGUGGAGCCACGAGCUGCUACUGUGCACAAAGGAGAGUCUGUCAGUUUUAGGUGCAUUGUAAAACUGACAGACUCUAACUCACGGCCACUCGAGGUACAGUGGAAGAAGGCCAACAACCAAGCAUUACCAGAUAACGUAAAAGUCGGUCCUGAUGGGUCUGUGCUCACGGUUGUUAACGCUGUACCUGGAAACCAUGGGCAGUACCGCUGUGUGGUAUCCUCCGCUGCCGGCCGCAGCACCGCCAACGUUAUGCUGACCGUCAAAUACGCACCUAAAGUACGACUAACACCUUCGGGGCCGCUGAGAGUCAGGAAAGGUGAGGCUGUGUCGGUGGAAUGCCGUGCCCAAGGCAGGCCAAAUCCCACGCUGUCCUGGAAACGCCAAGGCUCCACCCUGAAGCUGGUUACCGCUGAAGAAAAUGAUGUCAACACCAUCAAGUUUCCUGCGAUACAUCCAGAUGACUCGGGAGUUUAUAUUUGCCUCGCUGAAAACACUGAGGGGAUGACUGAGGCCAAAAUUGAAAUCAUUGUCGAGAGGGAGCCCGGAUCGCCGGUAGCUUCAGUGACCCCUACUGAAAUUACAGCAGUGGAGGGACAUACAGUCAUAAUAGAGUGUCAGGCCAGUGGUUCCCCUCCUCCUGUUAUCACCUGGUCCAAGCUACGAGCUCCACUGCCAUGGAAACACACAGUUAAUGGUGGAGUUCUCACACUAACCAGCGUGGGGCGCCAAGACUCGGGACAAUAUAUCUGUAACGCUACUAACAUACAUGGCUACAGUGAAGCUUACUCAGAUAUGGAGGUGGAGACACCCCCAUACACCACCAUCCUACCCGAUCAGGUGAGGCUCCAACCCGGAGAUGCACUACAGUUGCAAUGCCUUGCCCACGGCACUCAUCCCAUUCAGUUCACAUGGAGUCGGGUGGGCCGGCCCAGCCUGUCCCCCACAGCAGAGCUCACAAACGACGGAAAGCUCCUGAUAGCCAAAGUUAAACAAAGCGACAGUGGAACGUACAAAUGUGUGGCCACAAACCACAUUGGCUCCACUGAGGCUACAACCAGAGUGAUCAUAAGAGCUUAAGAAAACUCAGCGUGUCUCGCUGGUAAACAUCUAUGCAGUGCUUACACCUUGUGCAAGAAUGGAUCGUAAUGCUGAUGAUGCUCUGGUGUUUAAUUCAAAGAAACCAGAGAAAAUAUUUAAUAGAUUCAUCUACUUAGAUGUUUGAUUAAGCAAAUUAUGCUGACAUUUAAACAUUUGGUAUUACUAGGCAUGUUGGGCUAAUUUUCUUCUUUGCAGAAAAAUUUUACCCCUACUAUUGUUGUUGUCUCAUAUCAGCUUUCAGGAAGCUUUUACUGGAACUCUGCAUCUACUGACAGCUAACAGCAUGUAUGUGUGGGAGUGUUUUCUUCUAGUGGAAUGCAUCUGCACACUGUCCUCCUCCCUUCUUGUCAUCUGCUUAGCUUACACUGUCAAAAUGCAACGAUACGAGAUAGAAAAUGCUCCUGAUCUAAUGUACAAAACAUUAUAAAAGCCUUUGUUAAGAAUCAAAUCAUUGUAUACCAUAUUAAACAAAAUUGUCUAAUCUGUGUCUAA